AUGGCUGAAAACAUGAGCACCCCAACCGGAGAGAAGAAGACCUUCACUGGUUCCUGCCACUGCGGCUUCAUCAAGUACAAAGUCGCCCUGGCCCUGACCGACCCGCCCACGGCCGGCCGCUGCAACUGCACCAUCUGCGUGAAACAGGGCUUCACAGGCAUCCGGCUCCCGCGCGAGGACUUCACGCUGCUCUCGCCGGCGUCGCUGUCCGAGGCGCGCGACUACCAGUUCCGCUCGCCAGACAUCCACAAGUACUUCUGCGGCACGUGCGGCGUCCACGUCUGCGGCGAGGGCAAGUUCGAGUACCCCCCGGGCACCAUGCACGAGUUUUUCUCUAUCAACGCCGUCACCCUCGAUCAGCCCCAGGACGGCCUCGAUCUCAGCACGUUCAAGAUGCGCUAUGUCGACGGGCGGAAUGACAACUGGGGUGCGGGCGUCAAGGAUGUGCCCUGGCCGUGUGGUCCUGUGUAA